CUUGGGUCCAUGGUGAUGAAUUGAAUUCGCAAAAUAUGGCUGACACCAAAUUAUCAGACACCCCAAAGAAGCAGCAGCAGCAGCACCAACCGCAACCAUCCCAACCUCCUCAGCCCUCCUCUUCUCCCGCCUUGGAUCCACUCGACGAUUCCGCGGAGACCCGACAGCAGCCUCCUCCGCACCAUCAACACCAGCCCCCGCCUCCCCCCGCAGCGGUUGUGGUCACCGGAUCACCGUUCAUCUCCGCCCCGCUCUUCAUCCCGGCUAUCGGGGCAGGCGGUGCGGCAGGUGCGUACGAGCAGUUCGAAGCGGUGAAUCCAAAGAGGCCGAGGUUCGGCCAGUGGAAGCUGCUGACUUCACCGACUCAUCACCAGCUGCCCACCAAGCAGGCAACCCAGAUGGCCGGUCUGCCCUCCGAGUCGAGCCCUUCCCCGACCCAUAACAUCCCGCAGGCCCAUGUCACCACCGCUUCCUCCUCUGACACGGCCUCGUCUCCCACCACCCACUCUCCCAUCCCCGGCGGGGGUACUGGACAUGAGACCAGCAAGCCCGAGGGUGGCGCCGGAGAGCAGCCAGGCUUCCACCACCAACACCAUCAUCCCCAGUUCCGCAAGGGCAAGUACGUUAGCCCCGUGUGGAAGCCCAACGAGAUGUUGUGGUUAGCUAGGGCUUGGAGGAUGCAGUAUCAAGGUGGGUCGGCAGAAUCUGACCCCGCCGGCCAAGUCGGCGUCGGCGGAGAUGCGGCUGCGGGGCCUCCUGGGAGGGGGAAGACGAGAGCUGAGAAGGACCGGGAAGUGGCGGAGUUUCUGAACAGGCAUGGAGUCAACCGAGACGCGAAGACUGCGGGCACCAAGUGGGACAACAUGCUCGGCGAGUUCCGGAAGGUGUACGAGUGGGAGAGGGGCGGGGAGAGAGAGCAAGUUGGGAAGAGCUACUUCAGGCUCUCUCCUUAUGAGAGGAAAAUCCAUCGGUUGCCCGCUUCUUUUGACGAGGAGGUCUUUGAGGAGCUCUCCCAAUUCAUGGGGCCCCGAAUGCGAAACCCACAGAGCAGAGUCUCCAGCAGCAUUGCCGGUGCCGGAGAUGAGGGACGUGCAGCAGCUGGUCUCAGUGGCGCCACCAGUAGGGUUCCUCUGCCGCCUUCUUUCAAGGACGAUGAACUACCUCUCACAGCAAGAGCAAAACAACUAGCCGUGACGGCUGGAAUGGAAACAUUCUUCCCCGGGAGUGGUAGAGGUAGCCUAUUGCUAGGGUAUGAACCCGCUUCAUCCCUACUAGACGUCAUUGGCCCGUCAUUGGCAUCGAGCAAGGAACUCCGUAGGAUUGGGAAGGUGAGGAUGACAUGGGAGGAAUCAGUGAGCCUGUGGGCGGAGGAAGGCGAGCACCACCGUGGUAGAGUGAAGCUCCAAGGGUCCAUGAGCUUUCUCAAUGCAGACGAGCUGACCUACUUCGAUGAAGCCACGGUGGCUUGCCCUAUGGAGGCCUUUGAGGAUGGGCCUUUCAGGGGGUUCUCCGUUGAUCGGUUUGUCCCGGGUCAGCAGGUCAAAGUCUUCGGCAGGAGAAAAUCGUCUUCUUUAGCUUCUGCUUCAGGUUUCCCAGAAAGGGUGCAGCUUCCCUCAGCGGAACCCUCAGUAAGAUCGGUUCCUCCAUGGGAGUUCCAGGACCCUACUGACUACUAUGUGGGCUGCUUGAGGGUCCCGCCCCCUACCCUCCCAAGCCUGUUUGAGCUCUCGUGGUACCUCCAGGAGCCGCCGCCUGAGGAGCUUCGAUUUCCUCUACGAAGAGAUGUCUAUCGAGACCUGCCUCAAGGCAAAGAAACCUUCUUCAUCACUUCCCAUGAGCCAUUGGACUGUCGAGCCUUCACAUUCGACAUACUAAGCCCUAUCAUCCGCAACGACCCUGGAAUAAGCAUUCCCACUGCCUCGAGCCGAGACUCAUUUAUCGGGCUAUGGGAUGAUUGCAUCAAUCGGGUUGUAUCCAAGUUCUGCCCCAUUGAGAUUGUUAUGAUCCGCAAGCCGUCAAGCUUGAUUUCCGAGACACUGCAAGACCAAUGGCCCAACGUGACAGGAUUCUUGCGAAACUUCUGUUUGUGGAGAGGGGAGGAGACGGAUCAACUUAGGGAUAGCUACAUCGAGCCAUCUACAUCAAUCAUUGGAAAGUUGUUAUGGACUUUCGCGGAUCUUCCCUACAUUUUGGGCUACUAUGCAGUGGCGUACAUGGUGACAUUCUGCGCAUUGAGCCGAUCACAGGAUCGCAUCAUUAGAACUGACCUAUACUCCCUCGAUCUCACCUUGCCAUCUGAUAGGAUGAAGGCACUAAUCCCAUGCUAUCGUAUAGCUGGCCUACUAGCCCUGCUAGGCGAUCGCUGCUUCAACAAUAUGGCAAGUUACAAGCUCUCCCCUUAUAGCGAUUUUGAGAGGAUUGACUUGGGUAACGGGAACAUCAUCGAGAUGACACCCAACACUGUCACGAGAGUAUUCACAUCAAAGCGGAAGUGGGCUGCAGUUAAGGAAAUAUACGACUUCCUCAACCAGCGAGUGCCACAUGCAGAGUUCAUAGUCCAAUCAUCAGAGAAGGAUCUAGCUCACGUGUUCAAGCCGAGAGGGAUCAAGUCUAAGCCUGUGAGCUUUGAGCAGCUAGUGGAGGCCCUAAUGUACGUGACAAAGGCACUGGUGGCGCUCCAUGACUUGUGCUUUAUGCACCGGGACUUAAGUUGGGAUAAGGUGGUGAGGCGGGUUGACAAUGAGGGUGAGUGGGUGGUCUGUGGGUUCGACGAGGCAGUGGCAUCCCCACAGAUAUACCCUCGUGGGGGGGAGCUGGUGGCUCGCGGAGCACACGCACCUGAGAUGGGGCGAGGCCUGCACAAUGUGAAGGUGGACGUAUGGGGAGUUGGGUACCUAGUGAAGACGUGUGGGCUGGAUGGCGGGGUCCCGAAGCUGCUGAGGGAGCUUCAGAAUCGGUGCUUGGACCUUAAUCCUGAGCAUCGUCCCACUGCUGCUGACUGCUACCACCAUCUCCUCCAGUUGCAGUCAGCUUUCCACACGACGGCGGCACCUAGUGGUGUAGGGGGCAGCAGUGGCGGUGGAACAUACUGAUGAUAAGAUGGAUGCAACGGUCUGGAAGAUUUUGCCUUGACUAGCUAUACUUGGGCUUUAGCUCUGCCCUAGCUAGCUUCCUAAUCGAGAAGCGAAACGGUGAUAAAUUCUUUAGGGCUUUUCUACUACUUAUCUCAAAGGCUGAAGGAUCAACACACUCAACUCGCCAUAUCUGCACAUAAAUAGCCGGAAGGCGGAAGGUAUAUAUAUAUAUGUUACUACUCUUUAUGAGUUUCUGUCGAGAGUAAAUCAUCAUGCAGGUAACACACAGAAGAUGUGCUUCCAACUUAUUUAGGAAAUUAAUUUGCUUUGUUACUGGGCAGUAUUGUUCAAAAUUAAUUGUUUUAGGUCACUUUGGAGGCUUUUGGAUGAUAGAAAGUAAAUUUCAUUUGCAUGUUUGGUGGAGUUAAGAGUUUUAACCAAUUUUGGCUUCAAAUGUACGAGGAUGGAAAUUUUUUUGUGGAUCUAUUGUGUUUUUCGGAUAAAAGUAGAGCUAGAUGCAUCUAAUUUUUUAGUGAGAUCAUAGGUGUCAAAUUUAUAAAUUGAGAUUAAUUUUUA